AUUCUUUUCAAAUGUUUAAAUUAACUAGAAAUAUGAAUGCUAUUAUUUUAAAAAAGUUUAAACAUUCUUCUUCUCCCAAUUUUCCUUCCAUUCAAUAGUUCUUAAAUAGUAAUAAUAUGUAAUACAUCUCAAAUUUGUGUAAUAUAGUGUAAAAUAUUGUAAAAUAGUAAUAGUAUAAAUUGUUGUAAUAUAAUAUAAAAAAUGGAAGAAUUAUAUGAGAAAUUGGAGAAGUUGAAGUCCAUGUUAGAUUUGGAUUUUAGUGUUCAGAAGGAAACACCUUGUGACUGUAUCUUAAUAGCAGUUCACGGGAUCGGAACCACUGAAAACAUGCUUGAAAAUGAUUAUAAAAGCCUAAAACACAGCCUUGAAGUGGUUAGAAAGCAUUGGUUUUAUAAUCAAAAACUUAAACUUCAUCUUUGUUUUGUUAAUUGGAAAAGAUAUAUCGUUGAUGCACAAAAUAAAUUAUUUGAUAAUUAUUGUAUCGAUACGGUUAAGGGCAUGAGACGAGUGUUUAAUUUGGCAGUAAUGGACGUUAUUUUCUACCUAAACCCUAAAUUCUCAGAUUAUCUCAUGAACAACUUCGCAAAUGAUUUAAAUAAUGAGAUUACCAGACUACGCAAUCAUGUGUCUGGUCAGUUUAAAGAUUCGAAAAUUGCCAUAAUUGGUUAUUCUAUGGGCUCAGUUUUGGUCGAUGAUCUCAUACGCGUUAAUCCAGACCGACUUUCAAAUAUUGAGGUAUCAAAGAGGCCUAGAUUGGAGCAUAAAAUUGAUUAUUUUUUCGCCAUUGGAAGUCCAUUGUCAUCCGUUCUCGUUAAUCAAAAUCCCCAAUUUAUGAAAUUGGGAUUGAAAUUACCUGAAGAUAUAAAGUGCUAUAAUAUUUUUCACCCCUAUGACCCAAUAGCGUCACGUUGGGAAAAGUUAAUUUACCUUAAUAUGACUGUACCUAAGCCUGUUAUUGUUCCGUAUUGGUACAACAAUGGUUUAAAAAAUUGGUAUAAUCUUGAUCAACAAUUUCAGUAUUGUAAAUCGGUAAUAGCGGAGAAUCUGAGUGAUUUCUCAAACACGAUCACUAAAGGAAUUUAUAACCUCUUUGGAACAAAUCAAAAUAAUAGCAUUCUUGACCAAAAUAUCACCAAUAAUUCCAACAGAAGAAUAUCAUUUAAUAAUUUUCGAAAUAAACUGAAAGGAAAGGAUUCUGAUGAGAGAUUAAAUAGUAACAAUAAAUCUGAGUCAUGUUUGACUGAUGAAUUGGCGUCUGAAACUGUUAGAGACGAUGACUUUUUCAGCGAUUUUGAAAUGGAUUUGUCCUCAACUAAUGCUUUAGAAAAGGCUAAUAUUAAUAAUACCUUACCUAAGAGAUAUGAUUAUCAGGUACAAGAAGACGCAACGGAACAUUUUUUGAACCCUUUGGCUAUAUUGCAAUCACACAUAAGUUAUUGGGGAUCACGAGAUGUUAGCUUUUUCAUCCUAAGUUCAAUUCAUCCAGUAAGGGAACGAGUACCUCUGACAACUCUACUAGCCUUCGUUGAGUCCAAGUCAAAGGCGCUCUCUUUUUCUACGGAUAAUGAAGAUCUGAAGAAGGAGUUUUUAAUGGUUUCAGAACAGGCUAAAAAGUUACUGGAACAAAUUAAUCGAGAGGAUAUAAAGAAUAGAAAUGAUAGUAUAAUAGUGUUGAAAUCAACCUGGAAUAUUAUGAAUAAAAGUAAUGAUGAAGACGCGGAACAUCCCUACGAAUCCCUCAUCUCUGACCAUAUCGAUCACGAUGAUUAUAUCAACUAGUCCUCCACCACACUCAUUAAUAUAAUUGACACUA